AUGAAGAAGAUGAGCAACAUUUAUGAGUCAGCUGCCAAUACACUGGGAAUCUUUAACAGCCCCUGCCUGACCAAAGUUGAACUACGUGUGGCAUGCAAAGGCAUUUCCGACAGAGAUGCCCUUUCCAAACCAGACCCCUGUGUCAUUCUCAAGAUGCAGUCCCACGGGCAGUGGUUCGAGGUUGACAGAACAGAGGUGAUUCGCACCUGCAUCAACCCAGUCUAUUCAAAACUGUUCACAGUGGACUUUUACUUCGAGGAGGUGCAGCGCCUGCGGUUUGAGGUUCAUGACAUCAGCAGCACUCACAAUGGGCUGAAGGAGGCUGACUUUCUGGGCGGCAUGGAGUGCACGCUUGGCCAGAUUGUUUCCCAGAGAAAGCUGUCCAAGUCCUUGUUGAAGCAUGGAAACACAGCAGGGAAAUCUUCCAUCACGGUGAUUGCUGAGGAAUUAUCUGGUAAUGAUGACUAUGUUGAACUUGCCUUCAAUGCACGGAAACUGGAUGACAAGGAUUUCUUCAGUAAAUCUGACCCAUUUCUGGAAAUUUUUCGAAUGAAUGAUGAUGCAACUCAGCAGCUUGUGCACCGAACUGAGGUUGUGAUGAAUAACUUAAGCCCAGCCUGGAAAUCAUUCAAAGUAUCUGUAAACUCUCUAUGCAGUGGAGAUCCCGACCGCCGGCUGAAGUGCAUAGUAUGGGACUGGGACUCCAAUGGCAAACAUGACUUCAUUGGAGAAUUCACUUCAACCUUCAAGGAGAUGAGAGGAGCAAUGGAAGGCAAACAGGUGCAGUGGGAGUGUAUCAACCCCAAGUACAAAGCCAAGAAGAAGAAUUAUAAGAACUCGGGCAUUGUGAUUUUGAAUCAGUGCAAGAUACACAAGAUGCAUUCUUUCUUGGACUACAUCAUGGGUGGCUGCCAAAUCCAGUUUACAGUAGCUAUAGAUUUUACGGCCUCAAACGGGGAUCCCAGGAACAGCUGUUCCCUGCACUACAUCCACCCCUACCAGCCCAAUGAGUACCUGAAGGCCUUGGUGGCAGUGGGAGAGAUUUGCCAAGACUAUGACAGUGACAAAAUGUUCCCAGCCUUUGGGUUCGGUGCCAGGAUACCCCCAGAGUACACGGUCUCUCAUGACUUCGCCAUCAACUUUAAUGAAGACAACCCGGAAUGUGCAGGGAUUCAAGGAGUUGUGGAAGCCUAUCAGAGCUGCCUUCCCAAACUCCAGCUCUACGGCCCUACCAACAUCGCUCCCAUCAUCCAGAAGGUGGCCAAGUCAGCAUCAGAGGAGACCAACACCAAGGAGGCGUCGCAAUACUUCAUCCUGCUGAUCCUGACUGACGGGGUCAUCACAGACAUGGCCGACACGCGGGAGGCCAUCGUCCAUGCCUCCCACCUCCCCAUGUCAGUCAUCAUCGUGGGAGUAGGCAACGCAGACUUCAGCGACAUGCAGAUGCUGGAUGGUGAUGAUGGAAUUCUGAGAUCACCCAAGGGAGAGCCUGUCCUCCGUGACAUCGUCCAGUUCGUGCCCUUCAGGAACUUCAAACACGCAUCUCCAGCUGCCCUAGCAAAGAGCGUGUUGGCUGAAGUCCCAAACCAAGUCGUGGACUAUUACAAUGGCAAAGGGAUUAAGCCAAAAUGUUCAUCAGAAAUGUAUGAAUCUUCCCGGACACUGGCUCCAUGAACUGUACACACUUUUACUGAGUUCUCAGAUACUAUUCCUGCUAAUAUAUAAUACUUCUAUUACUCCUGUACUUAAAAAGACACACAA